AUGCCUUCCACCGCCACCAAUGUUGCCAUGGCCGGCAUCGGUGCCUUCGCGGCAGCAGGUGCCUUGAGCGGUGCCUUCGUGGCACCUGUUGGCCAGGUCCAGCACAGCGAGCCUCAGAUGCAGAGGACCAACCUCCGCGCCGCUGGCUAUGGCUCCUCUCAGGCUGCCGGUGUUGGUGCCAUGGCUGGCCUCGGUGCCGUGGCCGGCCUGGCCGCAGCGGGCGUGGCUGGCAAGCGUGCCAGCAAGGGACGCACCUCCAUGCAGGCCGUGGGCGUCGGCAUCAACGGCUUCGGCCGCAUCGGCAGGCAGGUGGCCCGCAUCGCCAUGAAGGACCCGGAGACCGAGCUCAAGCUCAUCAAUGCCAGCUAUGAUGCCGACUACCUGGCAUACAUGAUGAAAUAUGAUACGAUCCACGGUAAGUAUGAUGGAACCGUCGAGGUGGAUGGCGACUCCCUGGUCAUUGACGGCCAGAAGGUGGCCUUGUCCCACACCCGCGACCCUGCUGAGAUCCCUUUCGGCGAGCACGGUGCAGAGUACGUGUGUGAGUCCACUGGCGUGUUCCUGACCACCGAGAAGGUGCAGCCCCACUUGAAGGCCGGUGCCAAGAAGGUGAUCUUCUCCGCUCCCGCAAAGGAUGACUCCCACACCAUCGUCAUGGGCGUGAACGAGGACACUUACGACCCGUCCAUGGAGGCCGUGUCCUGCGCCUCUUGCACUACCAACGGCCUGGCCCCAGCCGUGCGUGUCCUGCAGGAGAAGUUCGGCAUCAAGCGCGGCCUGAUGACCACCUGCCACGCCAUGACCGCGUCUCAGCCCACGGUGGAUGGCACCUCCAAGAAGGACUGGCGUGGUGGCCGCGCCGGCCCUGGCAACAUCAUUCCUAGCUCCACCGGUGCCGCCAAGGCUGUGGCGAAGGUUAUUCCGGAUGUGAAGGGCAAGCUGACCGGCAUGGCUUUGCGCGUGCCGACCAUCGAUGUGUCCGUGGUCGACCUGACCGUGGAGUUGGAGAAGGAGACCACCUACGAGGAGAUCUGCGCCGAGAUGAAGAAGCGAUCCGAGGGAGACAUGAAGGGCUACCUGGGCUACACGGACGAGGCCUUGGUGUCCACUGACUUCGAGACCAACCCGAUCUCUUGCACUUUCGACUCCAAGGCUGGCAUCAUGCUGGACCCCACCUUCGUCAAGGUCGUCUGCUGGUAUGACAACGAGUGGGGCUACAGCUGCCGAGUUGUCGAUUUGAUCAAGCACAUGGCUGCUGAGGUCGAUGAAAUCAACCUCCUCUUGUUCCUCUUGAACUCACCGAGUUUCUUUUUCCGUCUCGCUGCCGAGCACAAGGGCACGGUUCGAAAGCCCUUCGUUGUGCAGAUCCUCGAAAUCAUGCCUUCCACCGCCACCAAUGUUGCCAUGGCCGGCGUCGGUGCCUUCGCGGCAGCGGGUGCCUUGAGCAGUGCCUUCGUGGCACCUGUUGGCCAGGUCCAGCACAGCGAGCCUCAGAUGCAGAGGACCAACCUCCGCGCCGCUGGCUAUGGCUCCUCUCAGGCUGCCGGUGUUGGUGCCAUGGCUGGCCUCGGUGCCGUGGCCGGCCUGGCCGCAGCGGGCGUGGCUGGCAAGCGUGCCAGCAAGGGACGCACCUCCAUGCAGGCCGUGGGCGUCGGCAUCAACGGCUUCGGCCGCAUCGGCAGGCAGGUGGCCCGCAUCGCCAUGAAGGACCCGGAGACCGAGCUCAAGCUCAUCAAUGCCAGCUAUGAUGCCGACUACCUGGCAUACAUGAUGAAAUAUGAUACUAUUCAUGGUAAGUAUGAUGGAACCGUCGAGGUGGAUGGCGACUCCCUGGUCAUUGACGGCCAGAAGGUGGCCUUGUCCCACACCCGCGACCCUGCUGAGAUCCCUUUUGGCGAGCACGGUGCUGAGUACGUGUGUGAGUCCACUGGCGUGUUCCUGACCACCGAGAAGGUGCAGCCCCACUUGAAGGCCGGUGCCAAGAAGGUGAUCUUCUCCGCGCCCGCAAAGGAUGACUCCCACACCAUCGUCAUGGGCGUGAACGAGGACACUUACGACCCGUCCAUGGAGGCCGUGUCCUGCGCCUCUUGCACUACCAACGGCCUGGCCCCAGCCGUGCGUGUCCUGCAGGAGAAGUUCGGCAUCAAGCGCGGCCUGAUGACCACCUGCCACGCCAUGACCGCGUCUCAGCCCACGGUGGAUGGCACCUCCAAGAAGGACUGGCGCGGUGGCCGCGCCGGCCCUGGCAACAUCAUUCCUAGCUCCACCGGUGCCGCCAAGGCAGUGGCGAAGGUCAUUCCGGAUGUGAAGGGCAAGCUGACCGGCAUGGCUUUGCGCGUGCCGACCAUCGAUGUGUCCGUGGUCGACCUGACCGUGGAGUUGGAGAAGGAGACCACCUACGAGGAGAUCUGCGCCGAGAUGAAGAAGCGAUCCGAGGGAGACAUGAAGGGCUACCUGGGCUACACGGACGAGGCCUUGGUGUCCACUGACUUCGAGACCAACCCGAUCUCUUGCACUUUCGACUCCAAGGCUGGCAUCAUGCUGGACCCCACCUUCGUCAAGGUCGUCUGCUGGUAUGACAACGAGUGGGGCUACAGCUGCCGAGUUGUCGAUUUGAUCAAGCACAUGGUUGAUGAAAUCAACCUCCUCUUGUUCCUCUUGAACUCACCGAGUUUCUUUUUCCGUCUCGCUGCCGAGCACAAGGGCACGGCUUUACCCCCAGCGGCCAUUAAGCAGGUUCGAAAGCCCUUCGUUGUGCAGAUCCUCGAAAUCAUGCCUUCCACCGCCACCAAUGUUGCCAUGGCCGGCGUCGGUGCCUUCGCGGCAGCGGGUGCCUUGAGCAGUGCCUUCGUGGCACCUGUUGGCCAGGUCCAGCACAGCGAGCCUCAGAUGCAGAGGACCAACCUCCGCGCCGCUGGCUAUGGCUCCUCUCAGGCUGCCGGUGUUGGUGCCAUGGCUGGCCUCGGUGCCGUGGCCGGCCUGGCCGCAGCGGGCGUGGCUGGCAAGCGUGCCAGCAAGGGACGCACCUCCAUGCAGGCCGUGGGCGUCGGCAUCAACGGCUUCGGCCGCAUCGGCAGGCAGGUGGCCCGCAUCGCCAUGAAGGACCCGGAGACCGAGCUCAAGCUCAUCAAUGCCAGCUAUGAUGCCGACUACCUGGCAUACAUGAUGAAAUAUGAUACGAUCCACGGUAAGUAUGAUGGAACCGUCGAGGUGGAUGGCGACUCCCUGGUCAUUGACGGCCAGAAGGUGGCCUUGUCCCACACCCGCGACCCUGCUGAGAUCCCUUUGGCGAGCACGGUGCAGCCCCACUUGAAGGCCGGUGCCAAGAAGGUGAUCUUCUCCGCUCCCGCAAAGGAUGACUCCCACACCAUCGUCAUGGGCGUGAACGAGGACACUUACGACCCGUCCAUGGAGGCCGUGUCCUGCGCCUCUUGCACUACCAACGGCCUGGCCCCAGCCGUGCGUGUCCUGCAGGAGAAGUUCGGCAUCAAGCGCGGCCUGAUGACCACCUGCCACGCCAUGACUGCGUCUCAGCCCACGGUGGAUGGCACCUCCAAGAAGGACUGGCGCGGUGGCCGCGCCGGCCCUGGCAACAUCAUUCCUAGCUCCACCGGUGCCGCCAAGGCAGUGGCGAAGGUCAUUCCGGAUGUGAAGGGCAAGCUGACCGGCAUGGCUUUGCGCGUGCCGACCAUCGAUGUGUCCGUGGUCGACCUGACCGUGGAGUUGGAGAAGGAGACCACCUACGAGGAGAUCUGCGCCGAGAUGAAGAAGCGAUCCGAGGGAGACAUGAAGGGCUACCUGGGCUACACGGACGAGGCCUUGGUGUCCACUGACUUCGAGACCAACCCGAUCUCUUGCACUUUCGACUCCAAGGCUGGCAUCAUGCUGGACCCCACCUUCGUCAAGGUCGUCUGCUGGUAUGACAACGAGUGGGGCUACAGCUGCCGAGUUGUCGAUUUGAUCAAGCACAUGGCUGCUGAGGAUGCCAAGGCAUAA